UCCUCACUCCGAUCCCCAAACCAAAAUCUCUCACUCCUCCCAACACCGGGUCGACCCGAAACACCAUGGCCCGGCCCAGAUUCGUAAUCGAAGCCUCGGAGGCCGAGUCGACGGCGAAGCAGGCCGGCCUCACCGUCGUCCAGCUCCUCCCGUCCCUCGUCAAGUCUGCCCAGUCCCUCGCCCGGGUCCCCAUCUCCAAAUUCCACGUCGGAGCCGUCGGGUACGGGUCCUCGGGUCGGAUCUUCUUCGGGGUCAACCUCGAGUUCCCGGGCCUCCCCCUCCACUUCUCCGUCCACGCCGAGCAGUUCCUCAUCACCAACCUCUCCCUCCAGUCGGAGCCCCGCCUCGACUACGUCGCCGUCUCCGCCGCCCCCUGCGGCCAUUGCCGCCAAUUUUUCCAGGAAAUCCGCCGCGCACAGGACAUCAACAUCCUCAUCACCUCCUCCGAGAACAGCGAAAACGACACGUCGUGCGGCCAAUUCGGGCCGCUCCGCCACCUCCUCCCCCACCGGUUCGGCCCGGAAGACCUCCUCGGCGAGGACGUGCCGUUAGUCCUCGAGAAACACAACAAUGCGCUAUCUUUCACAGAAAAACCCUCCAAACAAUCGCCGAUUUUUAGCGACGAUUUGAUCAGCCACGCGUUGGAGGCGGCGAAUAGGUCUCACGCGCCGUACAGCCAGUGCCCGUCCGGGGUGGCGUUACUGGACAGCGAGGGGAAGAUUUACAGAGGGUGGUAUAUGGAAUCUGCGGCGUAUAAUCCGAGUAUGGGUCCGGUGAGGGCGGCUCUGGUGGACUACAUUGUCAGCGGCGGCGGCGGGUAUGAGGAAAUUGUGGCGGCGGUUCUGGUGGAGAAGGAGGAUGCUUUGGUGAAGCAGGAGCAGGCUGCUAGGUUGCUGCUGCAGACCAUUUCUCCGAAAAUCGAAAUCCGGGUUUUGCAUUGCAAAUGAUGAGAAUUGUUGGUGUUAUUGGCAUUGUUACUAUUGAGAAAUGUGUAUAGAAUGGAAGAUUGAUCUGUAUGAUAUGAGUUCUUGUGGUACAUUAAGGUUAAUGUGUAUUAUAAAAGUCAAGAAGCAUGCUUUGGCUGCAUUGUGCCAUGCAAUUUGAUCAUCUUUGUUAGUCUCUGUUUCUGUUGCCUGUUUGUGCUCUGUACUGAUUGAUCAAAUUGAGCUUGUAUGAAGAGUUGAAUUGGUAUGGUUGUUCCAAUGGAUUGUAAAACAAGAGUUCACACAGCAAAGUUUUGAUCUUGCAGGCGUUUUUUCGAAUAGUGAAUGUGACUAA